CGUAACGAAUGCAUAUACUCAUUUUGAGAGACGUAAAUAAUGUUUUUAUAAUAUUCAAAUGAAACUUAUUUACUUUUACCUUUUAUAUAGCAUGGUUAACUUAUUAAAUUAUGCUACUUAUUCUGCUCCUGUGGCAGAAUAAAGACCUUCGAUAGUAUUGGAAGAGGUCUCUAGUUAUCUUUAUAUCUGACUGCUUCGGAAAAUUGAGGUAAGUAAUUAAUUACGUUUAAAUGAGGGAUGGUUAAAAUUUAAGAGUUUCUUUUUGUUUAGUUAUAUUUUUUUAAUUUCCCCAAUUUUAAAGUUGUGUGCAUUUUAAGAAAUUAAAUAUCACUUGUCUCAAGCGGUGAAAGAUAGGUAACAUCGUGAGGAAUCCUGUAUACCAGAGAAUUUUCUUAAUUCUUUACGUGUGUGAAGUCUGCCAAUCCGCAUUGGGCAUGCGUGGUAGACGAUUGGCCUAACCCCUCUCAUUCUGAGAGGAGACUCGAGCUCAGCAGUGAGCCGAAUAUAGGUAACGAUAAAAAAAGUUUGUGUUAAGAGUGGGAGCGACGUAGUCCAAAGAGCGGGGAACGUUCCCUAAACUACCUUUUCUUAUUUUUGUUUAGGGUUAAAAAAAAUGUGGGUAUACAAUUUUUUUAACCGUAAUGUUCCGCUCUUAACCUUGAUACUGAAACAUAGCAACGUUUGUUCUUUAUAAUAAUUAUUUUUUUUCUCGGGCCAGCUCUGCUAGAAUAGCUUUUAAAUGUCAAUACUGAAUGUCACGUUACAUUGCAGAACAGCAUGGUGUGGCAGCCAGUAAACCUCACGGCGGCGUGUCAGGCCGGCUCGGUGGGCGCCUGCUCCAGCUCGGCGGUCAUGUACCUCAGCCUGCUGGUGCAGCUGUACGGCGGCUCGUCCGACGAGCGCAAGCAGCAGCUCUGCGACCGAGAGGCCGAACCCACCAGGCGCGACCACAGGGAGUACGACUUCAUAGUGGUGGGCGCCGGCGCGGCGGGCUGCGUUGUCGCCAAUAGACUCACUGAGAACCCUAAAUGGAAGGUGUUGCUGUUGGAAGCCGGGCCAGAAGAGCCCGACAUCACAUCGGUGCCUGGCUUGACCGGGUCGCUGCACGGCUCCAACAUAGACUGGCAGUACACCACGGAACCCAACGGCAAGAGCUGCCUCGCAUCCGGAGGACGAUGCGGGUGGCCGAGGGGUAAAACGAUGGGUGGUUCAAGCUCCAUCAACGGCAUGGCGUACGUCAGGGGGAACAUGGCGGAUUACGACCGAUGGGCGCUCAUGGGGAACGAAGGAUGGAGCUAUAGAGACGUGCUGCCAUUCUUUCUGAAAUCCGAACGCAAUAUGAAUAAAGAUGCUGUCGACAGUGACUACCACGGAGCGAAGGGCGAACAGCCUGUAGGGUGGUUCCCUUACGUCGACGACCCCGCCAACAUGUUGGUCGAAGCCUACAAUGAAAGAGGGAUACCAUUCCGCGAUUAUAAUGGAGCCGAACAAGUGAGCACCAUGCAAUUACAAGCGUUCCAGGUCGACGGUGAAAGAGUAUCGGCCAACAAGGCUUUCAUAUCACCAAUCCGACAUAAAAGAACAAAUCUCUUUAUUAAAUCAGAAGCAGAAGUAACAAAGAUACUGAUAGACAAAAAUGAUAAUGCUUACGGAGUCGAGUACGUGAAGGGUGGUGUAACAUAUAAGGCGCACGCCACAAAAGAGGUCAUCGUUAGCGCUGGAACAAUCAACUCGGCAAAAUUGUUGAUGUUAUCUGGAAUAGGGCCGAGAGAACAUUUAGAAAGUCUAAAUAUCCCUGUUAUACAAGAUUUAGCUGUAGGAGAGAAUCUCCACGAUCACGUUUCAUUUGACGGCAUGGUGUUAGCUUUGUUGAAUGACACAGCGAUUCCUAAACAUGAGAUAAUAAAUAGUGUAAAGGAAUUUCACAAAAUGAAAAUCAAAAAAGGCCCACUUACGGGUCUCGGUCCAAUUAUGGCAUCUGUUUUUUUGAAAACAGAGCCAUAUUUGACGUCACCCGAUUUGCAAAAUCAAGCUUCUCCCAUUCGAGAUUUGAAACAAUUACUUAAAAACGGACUACCAACAGAUUUAUAUUGGCCGGCCGCUUACUAUGAGGGAGUGACUCCAAGAACUAUGAACUUAGUUCCCAAAAGUAGAGGCAAAUUGCUAUUAAAUGAAGAUGAUCCACACGGUCCUCCAAGACUACAUGUAAACUAUUUAGGCGACGACAGGGAUCUGAUACCUCUGAUGAAGGGAGCGCGUUUCUUAUUGUCUUUAGAAAAUACAGAAGCCUUUAAAGCGCGGGGAGCGUAUUACGUGCGGGAGCAAAUGCCGCACUGUAAGCAACACGAGUGGGGCACCGACGAGUAUUUCCUUUGUUUGAUCAAACAGUACACCUCCACCACGCACCAUCAAGUCGGAACCUGCAAGAUGGGCCCGAAGUGGGACAAGAAAGCUGUAUUAGAUAAUAAGCUCCGGGUGUACGGCAUCAAAUGGCUGCGAGUGAUCGACGCGUCGAUGAUGCCGGUGGUAAUACGCGGGAAUACGUGUGCCCCGGCCAUGAUGAUCGCGGAGAGGGGCAUCGAUUUCGUAAUCAAAGAAUGGCAACAUCGUACUAACAAUUAUUGUUUCUGAUUUUAAUUUGACUUCUGAAUAAUUGGAAAUAAUACAAUUAAUAAAACCGA